AUGAACAGGGUAGAAUCUGAACUGGAGGCUCUUACUCUACUUCAUACGGAAUUAGAAAACCACUGCAUUGAAUCCAGCUCAUCAGACACCUUUUUUCUGUUCAGAACUGAACUUCUACUGAGCACCUCAAUUUUGAGCCGCUAUGUCCAUGUACCAAACUCCUGGGAGGUGAAGUAUCUUAUUGCAAAUCGCUACCUCAGAAGAAAUAGCACUGAACAAGCAGCAGAGCAUUACAUGGAUCUGAUGACUGCAUUGCUUCAUGAAACUCAGCCAGAUAGUAUAUAUCCCAGCCCCGCUCCCCUACCCAGGCUUCCGUUGAUUUAUCUGGAAGCCGCCACAGCUCUGCUAGAAACUGAGAAGUUGCAGGACGCUAUCACAGUAAGCGAAGAAGUGUUGGAAAAUCUCAGUCACAUCACAGCUGGCAUUACAAGCAUAGUGGAAGCAGAGACCAGUCAAGAGUCUAAAUCUCACACUGAAAGGGUGAACUGUGUUUUAUGGGCCUCCACAGCUCACUUCCUUCAAGGAGAAGCUCAAGGGAAGCUGGCAAAUCAUAAAGAGUCAGUUACUGCAUACACCAGGUGUAUAAACCUAACGACAAAAGUUCAGUUUGCUGACUCUGGAUCUUUGAAGGCUACUGAUCACAUUAAAGAGCAUCACAUAUUUACAGUUCUGAAAGCAGCAGCGUUUCUGGGCAGAAGUUGCCAGUUUUUGCAAAUG